AUGAGUGUUGACUCGAGAGCGAACUCAAACAUAAAUUCCGAGAAGCUUAUUUAUGCUGGUGAUGUAAAUACUUAGCAUAUUAUGAUGAUGAUUGACAAAGGAAUAAAGAAAAAUAUUAGAAUGAUUAAAACAGAUAGAGGAAAACUAGCAAGAAAAAUUUACGUCAAGCUUAAUUUUUUGAGAAACUUUACUCUUCUGGGCUUAGUCAUUCUAAUGUUUUUUGAGAAACCAGAUUGGUGUUUAAGAGAUCCUAAUUUAAAAGAUACUAACUCAUGCAAUGCAGAAGGAUUAAUCCCUAAUUCUGGAAUACCAUAUUUUUCUCCAACAACUUCAAAGAUUCUUUAGCUAGUUCUUAUACUUAUACUUCUCCUCUUUUAGAUUUCAAAGAGAAUGUUUCUGAAACAAACUAGAAACUCUGAGAGAUACUUUAGAAUUCAAUUUGCUUUGAGUGUGCUCAUAUAUCUAGAUGUAUUUUUAAGUUUUGUAAUUGCUGAAUAUCCUUUUCCUUGGAUUGCUGCUUUACUUAGAAACUUCUUGUUAGUAAUUAUCAUUAAAAUUGUAAGAGAAACCUGGAGAAGAUUCAUCUAAGUGGUUAUAGAUUCCUUUUAAAUGGUGCUUUUUAUCAUUAUCUAUAUAAUGUUCUUUGCUUACCUAGGGAUGAGAUUAUUUCUAGGCACAGUUGAGGGAGUUUAAUAUUUUGAGACGUAUGUUGACAGUUUAUAUAAUAUGCUAGUUUUACUCACUACUUCAAAUUUCCCCGAUAUAAUGCUUCCAGCUUACUAAUACUCCCGUGUUCUAAGUUUAUAUUUUAUCAUAUUUUUGCUGAUUGGUUUAUUCCUGAUAUUGAAUCUCUUGAUGGCAGUAUUCUAUAAUAAUUAUAAAAAUAGAUAUGAGGAGCAACUAAUUAGAUUUGUCGAGUAAAGAAAUCUCUUUCUAGAUAAGAAAUUUAAUGAACUAGAUAAGGAAUCCAAGGGAUACUUAAAUAAAUAGGAGACUUAUGAAAUGUUUAAGUAGAUACAUCUACUAGAUGUCUAAGAAGAUCAGGUAAACAUAAAACAAGAGCACUUUGAUCAUAUGUUUUACCUUCUUGAUAGUAUAGUGGAUAAUCAAAAUCAAGGUAAGAUAUUCAAGCAAGAAUUCAUGAAAAUUUUUGAAGUCUAUGAACUAUGGAAGUAUGAAUGGACCUAAUCAAACUUCUUUGAUUAAAGAACUGACAUACAAUCUACACGUUCAUCAGGAAUGAUGAUUAAAACAAGUCUCCGAAGCAUUAUUAGAUCCCUUAACUACGAGUACGUUCUUAACAUAAUCGCAAUUUUUUAAUUCAGUGAAAUAGCUUUCAGAGAUAGAUUCUAUUCUGAUUCAAGCGAAUAAAUAGAUAUUUGGUUGACCAUUCAGACAAUAAUUAAUUUUUUCUUUUCAAUUACGCUCAUUCUUGAUUGGAUAUAUUUAGGUCUUUAGAGAUCUUAUCAAAAACAUCCUAGAGUAUUAGUUGAAACUUUAUGCCUAAUAUUUUUCAUUGUUGGAAUCAUAUAAUGGGCUUAAAAAGCCGAGGAUCCAAGCUAAAUUUACUCAGAAAAUUACCUUGACUUCACAUUUAUGUUUAAUGUGAUUAAGAUAUUUGAAAUUGUUGCGAUUGUCAGAGUAUUAAGACUUUCAAUAUAUUUAUAUGAAGUGAGAUCAUUUAGAAUUAUCAUUGAGGCCCUAAGAACUCUUCUAGUUCCUUUUUCUUCUUUGCUUAGUGUGCAGUUUUCACUAUUUUAUUUCUAUGCCCUAUUAGGAAUGCUGAUGUUUGGUGGUAAAGUGAGAACAGACUCCCCCUAAAUUAGAAAUAAUGAUUCAACACCAGAUCUCUAUUCUCUGAAUAAUUUCAACGACAUGAUCUCAAGCUACGUAACAUUAUUUGAGCUAAUGGUUGUGAACAACUGGUAUAUAAGUACAGAGAUGUAUGUAAAUAUUUCAGGAGGGAAUAAUUUUGUUCUACUUUAUUUUGUUACCUUCUAUAACUGGGGUGUGCUUGUAGGACUUAAUAUUAUAGUUGCUUUUGCUAUUGAUAUGUACGGUGCAGUUGAAAGGUUAGACAAGCAAAAAUCAAAACAUGAGGAAAAGCUGUAUAAGUUAGCUCAACAAGUUAAGAAGACAAAAAGAAUGCAUGUCAUAGAAGAAGAAGCAACCCUUACAGAAAGUGAGGAGACAGUAUUAAAGAACGAAGAUUUCGUUGUGAAGAGAAAAAAGACAUUAAAUUAGUAGCAGUUGUUGGAAGAGAGUUCAAGGAUUAAUAGUAGUGAAAGGGAGAGUUUUUAGAGUGAAGUGAGAAAUUUAGAUGAUUACUUCGAUGUUGGACUGAGAAACAACUAAUCCACUUGA